GGACUGCAUAUCAAACAAUACGCAACACCCUCCUUGUGUAAACAUGAAAUCCUUUAUUUUCAGCUUCCUCUUGCUUUCAACUACUCUCUCUUUGCUUCCCUUUGUGGUCUUUUCAUCAUCUUUCACUUCCACCAAUCCCAUUGUCCUUCCCACCACUACUGCUGAUGGCAAGGGUUUGCCAAUCCCUGUACUCCCCGAAGUGCUAGACAUAAAUGGCGAACCGCUCCAGAUCGGCGAAAAGUACCACAUUAUCUCCGCUAUCUGGGGAAGCGGCGGCGGCGGCGUAUACUUAACCAAUCUUGGAAACACCAAAUGUCCAAACGGCGUAGUCCAGCAUGGGAGGGACACCCGACCAGGCAUGCCCGUGAAAUUCUUUACCACUCACCCCGGUCCCCCACCUUUUAAUGUCGUACGUGAAACUAAUAACAUUAAUAUUAUGUUCUCUGUUCCAACGUCACGACUCUGUGUUAAUGAAACUGUUUGGAAAGUUGGUGAUCCCGACUUAACUGCACGAGGGGUUAGGUUUGUGGUAACCGGUGGAACUCUAGGAAAUCCAGGACCCGAAACAAUAAACAGCUGGUUUAAGAUUGAGAAAGUAACAAAUACAGCACCUUUCUACAAGUUAAGGUAUUGUCCUGAUAAAGUUUUGUGUCCAAUGUGCCACCCCGUUGAUUGUUUAGAUGUCGGCGUGACUGACCAUUUCGGAUAUAGGCGUCUGGCUCUCACCAACCAGCCUUUUAUGGUUUUCUUCAGGAAAUUCCAGAAGACUGAUGGAUAAUUAACCUAACCUGCUAUGUCUUAACCUGGCUUUCUAAAUAAUGUGGAUAAAUCUAUCCCUUGUCUUAGAUCGAUGUUUGAUCUUUCGCUCUGUGUAAAUGCUGUUUAUGAAGCAUAUGAAUAAAGAAGCUAGGCUUUUAUAUUA